AUGGCGGGAACACUGAAAGAGCAGCUAGAUUCAAUCACGCCGGCUUUGAGGGAAAUGAGAUUGAGGAAAGAAGAAAGGGUGAAUCAGUUCCGAACUGUACAAGGGCAAAUUCAGAAAAUUUCUGCAGAAAUAGCAGGUCAAUCAGAAUCAGAAUAUGAUGACUUAUCAUCAGAUAUCAUGGUGAAUGAGAAUGAUCUAUCCUUGAAGAAACUAGAAGAGUAUCAGACAGAGCUACAAAGACUCCGCAACGAGAAGAAUGAAAGGCUCAUGAGGGUGGAACAAUAUAUAGAUGCAGUCCACAAAUUGUCUUCAAUAUUAGGAACAGACUCCUCCAUGGUCAUCACCAAGGUUCAUCCAAGCUUAAAUGACUUAUGUGGGAUAACCAAAAACAUAAGCAACAGUAUUUUGGCUAAGCUUAACAGCACGGUGGAAUCUCUUGACGAAGAAAAGCAAAAACGACUUGAUAAGCUUCACCAUCUUGGCAAAGCAUUGACAAACUUAUGGAAUCUCAUGGACACACCCUAUAAAGAUCGUCAAUCGUUUUCCCAUGUUACUGGCUUAUUAUCACUCUCAUCAGCAGAAGUAUCAGAUCCAGGAAGCCUAACCCUAAACAUAAUCCAGCAGGCUGAAGCUGAAGUCAGGAGAUUGGAUCACUUAAAAGCAAGCAAGAUGAAAGAACUAUUUUUCAAGAAACAGAAUGAGCUCAAGGAGAUAUGCAAUAAAUCACACAUGGAGAUUCCUUUGCAGUCAGAGAUUGAUAAUCUAAUUAACCUCAUUAACUCUGGGGAGAUUGACCAUGCAGAUCUUCUCAUGAGCAUGGAUCAACAGAUAUCAAGAGCAAAAGAAGAAGCUUCUAGCAGAAUGACUAUCAUGGAAAAGGUGGAAAAGUGGAUGCUAGCACGUGAUGAGGAGCGUUGGUUGGAAGAAUACAGCAGAGAUGAGAACCGGUACUCGGUCAGCAGAGGUGCACACAAGAACCUGAGACGUGCAGAACGCGCCCGAGUAUUAGUCAACAAAAUCCCAGCUUUGGUGGAUUUGCUAAUAGCAAAUACUAAGAGUUGGGAAGACGAAAGAAAGAAAACUUUCUUGUAUGAUGAGGUACCUCUCCUAGCAAUGUUGGAAGAGUAUAAUGUGCUAAGGCAGGAAAAGGAGGAGGAUAAGCAAAGACAAAGGGAAAUGAAGAAGGUCCAAAGCCAAGUAGCAGUUGAGCAAGAAAACUUGUUUAUUACCAGGCCAAGCACCAGUGCAAGGCGAACUUCAACCAGAAGUGUGAAUGGAGGUUUUAGCAAUGCCAUACCUCUAAACAGAAGGCUUUCCCUGGGCCUUCAGCAAUUGGGACCAAACAGCAUAAACUCAGGCACUCAAGGCAUAUCCUUUAUAAAGGAAGGUAAGAAGGCACGGGGACAAAAGAUGUUUGCUCGACCUGGCCUUGUUUCUCACCUUAGAGAUGAAACAGCUUCAGUGGUAUCAACAUUUUCCGGCCCACAAUCUCCUUGA